AAUGCGUGAAGCAUCAUGAGAACUUCGUCCUGACACCUCUCUUAGACUUCAGAACCUUUUGCGGCUCCAACAGCAAACUUCUCCAUAAUGAAAUCUGUCGUCGCCCUUCUUGUCUGCGUCCUCGUGGCUGGCGCCAUGGCAGGAGACCUGCUGUUUGGUUCUUAUGGAGGACUUGGAUCACUUGGCGUUUACGGCAAGGGUAUCUUUGGAGGCUAUGGCUACCCCUAUGGAUAUGGAGGCUAUGGCUAUGGAGCCUAUGGCUAUCCAUAUGGUGGCGUCUAUGGCAAGGGCUAUGGCUAUGGCUAUCCUUACGGCGGCUAUGGCUACGGCGUUCCCAUCAAGGGUUAGACCAUGCGUCUGAUUUUGGUCGUUAGGCGAUAAACCAUGUCAGGGAUCACAGCAAAUCUCUGUGCAAUAAAAAAAGGUGGAAGAAAUGAA